AUGGUAGACCAACGGGCCAAGAUCAUCGAGGUCACCCCUAUUGGGAAAGGCCUCGAUGCGUUCAGGGCAUCAUUUCGUUCGAUUUGCGAAAGCGCCGGCAUCUCCUGCACCCCUGAAGCAGUAGAUGAGUUGGGGCCACAGGAUCUUCAAAUGCUCCUCCUCCUCCUCCUUCCGACCCUACAAAUUCUUCCAGCCACCCGUCAACUCCAUUCACGCAGCGGAAGAACUCUCUUCAUCGAACUACCAAGACUCAGUGUCGCGAUCGGGUCUGAUGACUUCACCCUUUCCCGCCUUACGCCUCUCCUAAAAGCUGCCGUCGCCGACAAACCUGAUGACUCCGAGAUUUGGGAAGAAGUGUCCGAGGCCGUUGCCGAAUCUACACCGCCUCCCCGACCGAUCGCCUCCUCCCUCCAACAAACCCCGUGGCUGCACAACACAAGCGGCUUUGCGAACUCGUCCGAAUACCGACGCGACAUAGAUAGGGUGCUCAAGCAGGAGCUCGGUCCUCUCUAUGUUGGGCUUCGUCGACUUCCAGAAGUUUUCUUUGGACGGGUACCCGGGCUGGACGCUGCGUCCCACGUCGUCUUCACCAAGUGCACGAAAGGCAACGACCCCCUCUUCUGUGGAGGAUGGGCUGGCUGGCCAAAGGACGCACACCAAGAUUGUGUCCUGGAGUGGUUCUCGGACAUAAGCCAGAAGCUGGCAAUCUUCGCCGAGGAAACAUUGCCGCUUCCAACGCAUGGAAGGCGGCCUCUGGCGCAACCCAACCAACCGAUCCUCGAUUCUACGGCAGAACGAAAGUUGGAUAUCGGUUUCGUGGACGACCCCAAAGCGUUGAAAGACACCCAACUACAUUGGUCGCACAUUCUCGUUCCAGGAGAGUUGAAGAGCAACCCGUUGGCGGACACAAAGUCUAAAGCAUGGCUCGACCUGGGGAGGUAUGCCAGGGAAGUUCUUGCGGCUCAAGACACGCGUCGGUUUGUCCUGGGCUUCACUCUCUGCGGAUCCUUUAUGAGAAUAUGGGAGUUUGAUCGCUUGGGAGGAAUCGCAUCCGACAAGUUCGACAUCAACGAAGACGGGCUGCGCUUCGUCUUCACGGUUCUAGGCUUCCUCUGGAUGGACCGUGAGGCCCUCGGUUUCGACCCUACAAUCACUACAGAGGGCAGUCGACGCUUUAUUUCGAUCAUCCGAAACGGCCAGGCAGAGCGACUCGUCAUUGACAAACGGAUGAAGAGGGCACCCUGCAUUGCCGGUCGCGCCACAACUUGCUGGAGCGUCCACCGAGAGGACCACCCUCAGACCUCGUUGGUGGUCAAAGAUUCGUGGCAAUACACUCAACGGGACGAAGAAGGCGAGUUGCUCAAGACGGCGACCGAAAGAGGUGUGGUCAACGUGGCCCGCUACUACCACCACGAGACUGUUCAUGUCCGUGGCGAGGUCGACGACGUUUUGAGCAAUAUUCGAGGGAACAUCAACAUCCGAGAAGCGAGCAAUUAUCGAGCAGAUCAGUUGAUUCAACCAGGGAGCUCGAGUGCGGUCGAUGUUCCCCAGAAAGGUCGGAGUAGUCUUGCUGCUGGCAAGAAACGCUCCUCCAGUCAGACGGAGGCCCCUCUACCACCGAGCAAGCGAUCUUGCUCUGCGUCACCAACCAUGGCUAGCGGUCCUGCACUGCCGAACCGGGUGCAUCGUCGCGUCAUCGUUCAGGAUUGUGGGACGCCGAUCUACAAAGCCAAGUCGCCUUCGGUGCUGCUCUCAGUGCUGAGCGACUGCAUUGAAGGUCACAAAUCAUUGCGACAACAAGCCGGUCUCCUCCACAGAGACAUCUCUGUAAACAACCUGAUGAUUCGUGGAGAGAAAGGGUUUUUGAUUGACCUCGACCUUGCCGUCACGGAGCAACGCGAGGAGGCCUCGGGAGCACAUGGGAAAACCGGGACAAGAGCCUUCAUGGCGAUCGGUGCCCUUCUGGGCGAGAAGCACUCGUUCAUGCACGACCUCGAGUCCUUCUUCUGGGUCCUGUUUUGGAUAUGCAUUCACAAUAACGGACCGGAGCGAAGCGAAAUCAUUCCCCAAUUCGACAAGUGGAAUUAUGCGGAUGUGGAGGAAUUAGCAAAGCUUAAGAUGGGCACGGUAUCUGACGAGGAUAUUUUUGCGAAGACUACGACGGAAUUCUUCACCAACUACUUCAAAGCUUUGAUUCCUUGGGUCGGUCGAUUACGAAGAGUGGUAUUCCCCGGUGGUGGUAGAUGGAAGAAAGAAGUCAGCGGGUUGUAUGCCUCCAUGCAGGAGGUCCUUCGUGAGGCCCGGAGACACCUCGAUGCCGUAGCUAAUUGA